UGCACAGUCGCCCCAGGCGGUGCUCUUUCGGCGGCUGCGCCGUGAACAUCGGAGCUGGCGGCAGCAACUCGGGACACAUUAAGAUGGUGGCCGGACAGGACGGCCAGCGCCGAGAAAAGCGCUGCAGUUUCGGAGGUUGCCGCGUCAACAUCGGGGGCAGUAACUCCGGUAGCAUCAGCCUCCUCGCCGACGAAGCCCAGCCGGCCCCCACCACAGGCCCUACCCAGAGCUCGGAGGGCACCAUGGCGCGGACCAAGCGUUGCUCCUUCGGCGGCUGCAGCGUCACCAUUGGGCGCGGCGGCAGCAACUCCGGCUCCAUCCGCCUCCUCACCGAGCCCUCCGAACCGUCUGCCAACCUGCUGGCCUCCGGGGACGCUCUCCUUACGAGAAACAAGAGGUGCAACUUCGCCGGAUGCAGUGUCCACGUCGGCGGCAACAACUCUGGCAGUAUUAAGAUGCUGCACGAGAACAACGGGCUUGCUGCCGCGGCCUCCUCGCCGGAGGAGCGCUCUACGGAGGCAUCAGCGGAGACGAAGACGCGGUCAAAGCGCUGUUCCUUCGGGGACUGCACUGUCAUCAUCGGCGGCCGCAACACGGGUACGAUCACUAGGGCGCAUCAUAUGAUUGAAGGAGCAGCAGGAGGUGCCGAUGUUGAAUCUGAAGUUGGCCGUUACGUCUACUGGCCGAAGUACAGCGUACAGCAAUAAGCCUGGGUAUAUCAUUCCUUUAGGCAAAUCCCCUUUGGACCUUAAUCAGUGAAAAAAACCUAUGGACAAUAUCGCCAUCAUGCAUUCAAAAUGAGUAUUUUUAUUUUUUGGUCUGAAGUCAAAUGAAACAUGUAUAAUGUGUACAACUUUUUGCUCUUUAACUCGGAUGAGAUUUAACACUAUAAAUAACUUAGAGCAAUGUCUUGUGUAGCUAUAUGGGCGUUUGAAUUUAUCACGGACUUAAGUAUUUCAUUAAGCAUGCGGCACUUGAGUAUGCAUGAUAAUGUUUAAGGGAAGACUAUGCUGAAAUUGACAUUUCCAUGAUUAAAUAAGAAGCGCCUUUCGAAAUAUUAUUUUUAUGUCCAGUUUGAAGAAAAAAUAAUAGAAAAGUUGUGGGGUCUCUAAGUUUAACUGUUUAAAGGUUACAGUGAUUGGUAUUAGUUUGCAGGGUCUUACUAAAAAGGUUUCUGCGUUACAAUAGUAAACGUAAAAGGCUAAGGUAAAUAUUUUUGAAAUCAGAAAAGAUAAAGGAACAGCUUCUCUAAGCCAGAAUUGCAAUAUUAUGUCUGAUUUUAGUUUGUCCCUUAUGUCCCUUAAUUGAUUGGCGGCUAAAAUAAAUGGCCUAAGUAAUAGGGCAUUGUUGCUAUGGCCAACAACAACAACGUUUUGGCCGCAUCCGAGAUACGCCCUACUGCUCACUCUACCAAGGGCAAGAAGUAAGAAGUUGUUGUGCUACCGAGGAUUCCAGUACUCGCAGCACAGCAGGAAGGGGGAGAACCAGUACUGGGGUUGUGUGGAGGGCAAAGCAUGCAACGCGCGGUGCCACACGAAUGCAGGCCUGGGCAACAUCGUCAUUGUACUGUGUUCGGAGGAGAGCCUGCGCGUCCUCACCUGGGGCGAGACACAUCAACAUCAAACAACCGACCAACAAGAAGUACGAGAUGUGCCAGCGGCGACUGCACAACCUGGCCAACAGCUUCGAAAACUACAAGGAGAGGGACGAGGUCAUGCGCUACCUGGAGGCUAUUGCGUACAAUAUUAAAAUCCAAGAGUGACUUGGACUUGGAC